CGCGGGAGGAAGCGCGCGCGGCCGCCCGGUGAACGGUGACCGGCGCACCGGGUCACCAUCUUCCUCCCGGUCUCCCGCCUCCGUUCAGUCCGCCACACCGACAGCAUCUCCUCCCGCCACCGUCACACGCGGUUCCCCGCUGCUCGCAAUGGCGUCAAACGAUUAUUCCCAAACAUCUGGCCAGGGCUGUGGGUCCUAUGGUGGUGGAGGAGGUGGAGGUGCUCACCAGGGCUAUGGUCAGUCCUCUGGUCAGAGCUACGGAGGCUACAACCAGAGCACCAACGCCAGCUACUCUCCGUCUCCGUCAGGCUACGUUUCUCCGCCCUCUAACCAGGGUGCAGGUGGAGGUUAUAAUCAGCCCUGCAGCCCCGGAGGUUACAGCAACAGCAACCAGCCCUUCAACAUGAGCUACAACCAGCAGUCCUCCUUCUCCGGCUACAGCCAGCAGCCUCCGCCCUUGUCCUCCGCCGGCAGCUACGAAGGAGACCGCCCGGCGUCCGGCUACAACCAGCCCCCGGGCGGAGGCAGCCACGUCAGCGCCGGAGGUCAGACCGGGGCCUACGGGCGCGGCGGGGGCCACCAGCAGCCCCCCCAACAAGGAGGAGGCCGCUACAACCAACCACCGAGCUACGGUUCCGCCCCCCCACAAGACUACAGCCAGCAGAGCGGCGGCGGCGGUUACGGAGACGAAAGCCCCCCGCUGAGCGGAGGAGGAGGAGGAGGAGGUGGAAGCUACGGCGGCCCCGACGGAGGUAGAGCUCGUGGGGGGGGAUUUGGAGGCCGCGGAUACGAUCGCGGGUUUGAUCGAGGUGGCCGAGGCGGGCCGAGAGGAAGAGGAGGCAUGGGGUGAGCUCUGAAAGGUGGUGUAAAUAAAGGGUGACCCAGAGACUCUGCACACGGAGCCGGAGGAGCCGGCUUCAUGCAGGACCAGGAUAACGCUGAUAACAACACCAUCUUCGUCCAAGGCCUCGGAGACGACUACACCGUGGAGUCCGUGGCCGACUUCUUCAAGCAGAUCGGGAUCAUCAAGAUCAACAAGAAGACCGGCCUGCCGAUGAUCAACCUGUACGCGGACAGGGAGUCGGGAAAGCUGAAGGGGGAGGCCACUGUGUCCUUCGACGACCCCCCCUCGGCCAAGGCCGCCAUCGACUGGUUUGACGGGAAGCACUUCUGUGGGAAUCCCAUCAAGGUGACCUUCGCCACCCGCAGAGCUGACUUUGGGGGCCGAGGGGGAGCCAGGGGGGGCCGAGGACGAGGAGGUCCGACGGGGCGGGCGGGAUUCGGAGGGGGGCGAGUUGGAGGUUUCCCAGGAGACAACGGGGGCAAUGGAGGAGGAGGACAACAGAGAGCUGGAGACUGGAAGUGUACAAACCCAAACUGUGACAACCUGAACUUCUCGUGGCGUAACGAGUGCAACCAGUGCAAAGCCCCGAAGCCUGAGGAGGCAGGAGGCAUCUCCUCGAUGGAGAGAGGAGCUUUCGGAGGAGGAGAACGCGGGGGGGGGUUCAACGGCGGCGGCUUUAGGGGCCGAGGAGGCGAGCGCGGCGGCUUUAGAGGAGGCAGAGGAGGCGAGCGGGGAGGAUUCAGCCCUGGGAAGAUGGACAUGAGGUAAGUGAAACAUAAACAUGAC